CUUCAUCCUGUGUGUAGAAAUCGACACAUUAAAUAUGCGACGGCCUGUGUGUAAAAUUCAUAAAUGCGUUUAUUUUUUAUUUUUCGUCUAUAUAAAUACGUACGUACGUAUAUAUUAUAUUGUACAAAUGGGCAUUAAACCGAUUUAUACGAGAACACGAAUCGGUUCAAGCGUACUGCAUGCAAAUGCCCCCGAGGCUGAAAAUGAAUACCGAAUCUGAAUGCAUAAAGAAUGUUUCGAAUGGGCAAUUGAGCCAUUCAAUCAGACUGAAAAUAAACAAUUUCAUUACCAUAGCGGCUAAUUAGCAGAUUUACGACUCAACAACAUGUAAAUGUCUUGGAAUCGAAAGUUUCACCAUUUAGUGAAAUCAGUUAGAGACGACGACGACGACCAUACGUACGAACGAUCGAAUGCUAUAUGUGUACGGUGUUCACUCUUUCUUUCUUUUCUUUUUUCUCUCGCUCUCGCUUGUUCAUUUUUUUCAUCCGAUUCACCAUGCACAACCUCUAUUGAAGAUGCAUUGCACACACAGCUACACACAUUCGUCGAACGCAGAAAGUGGAUGUGAACGAAAGGGAGAUAGAGAGCCAAAACAAAAUACACUUUCAAAGCGCUUUCAUUGGAAGACAAAGUUAUUAGCGAUGACACAAACCGCACUCUGCUUGCUGGCGAAUGCAUUCCAUUGGUGUAUGAAAGUCAUAGAAAAAUCGAACGAAAACCGGUAAUGUGAAAAGUUUACAUGAAAAUCGGGCAAAACUGAUGCGGAUGCCAUAUUGAUUGGCCGCAAAUUUCGGUUGCAAAAUGCAUUUUAUUUGAUGAGUUUAUCGGCCGAUGGAUGACGCCAUCUGUUGCGAUCAUCGCAUCACAAUCUUUUCCAAGCUUUGUGUGUACACAUUCAUGAAGGCAUUUUUGAUUCUUUUUUUUCCCUUCAUCAUUCUAUUCCACGCACAAACACAUAAUCAGUGUGGUAUGUCAUCGCCGCACACAAUAUCGACUUGUGCGUGUCUGUGUGUAGCAGUAAGCGAAACUUAUAUUUUUUUCUAUUCGCAAUCGCAUGUACAGCACAAUACUAACCAAAUGCGCAGCACCGUAUUUCGCGUCUCGUUCGCACGGUUCUGACUGCUUUUGAUUGUGUCUCUGUUCACUCACUCGUUUCGUUUCGCUUGUUGGCGUGCUGGUGCUGCUUCUGUACAUACAUACAAAAUUCAUCAUGCCAAAGCCCGUCGUUGUCUCAUACUCUCCCACUCUAUCACACACAUUUGCGACUCUAGCUUCGUGUUAGCUUCGUUUCAGAUGUCGAACAAUGUAUGCAUGUGUCCGUGUGUGUAUUAUGACUCUCUCACUCUGUCUCCGUGUAUGCAUGUGUGUUGUACGUAUGCGUUUGUGUGUGUGUGGUUGUGAAUGUGUCCGCACAGCGCUUACUGCUACAUUCGGUCGUCGAGUGUCAGUCAGUCAUUGUUUUCAAUCGAAAUUCUGUAGACAAAAUAACACAACGAGAGUGUUCUCUUUUCACGACCGUACACGCCGUAUGAAGUAUACACUUCUUUUUUUUAUUUCAUUUUUUUCUCACUCUUCGUUUUAUAUUUCUUAUUGUUUUUUUUUUCGCUGUGUGUUUUUAAAAAAAGAUUUAGCCCGAAGAAACCGAUUGUGUGUGUUUAAUGAAAAAAAAAAUCAACAAAUUCAGUGGUGUCGAUGAUAAAAAUGACGGGAACGCACAAUAUAUCCAUUUGUCAUACAUAGCCGCAGUGCAAUCGAACUAAUAAAAGAAAAAAAUUCGUUCAUUCGAGAAAAAAAAACAACAUAUACCGAGUGAGAGAGCAAAACAAAAAACACAAAUUAUUUUGUAAAAGUUUUAGUGCAUGGUGGAAAGAAACAACUAACCAACCAACCAACCAAAAACAAAAAGUGAAAGAGUAAAACGAAAGGAAGAAGAAUUUCGAACAAGUUGAAUUUUUCAGAGCUCUGAAUGUUUUGUGUGUGCGUUCAUAUAUAAAUACAUAUAUGUAUAUUUCAAUUUUUUUCUCUCAUCGUUCGUUGAUUUCAAUCGGUCAAUCAGGCUCUCAGCGUAUAAAAUAUAUCAAAUAAUAAAUCGACAUGGAUUGUACGAUUUGCCCAUGGAAUGGAAUGCGAAGAAAGCUCACGUGCUAAUUAAUACGUGUUGGUCGUUGUGUGUUAGCAAUAAAAAGCUUAAAAUGAAGUGACAAAUAAAGAUACACAUACACAAAGAUAAAGUGAAAGAAAACACUCCGAUAAUUCAACGAAACGAAAAAAAUACAGAAAACAUUGUAGGAAAUUGGUUUUUUUCUGUUUUAGUUUUGGUUGUGCAUGUGCAAAAAAAGCGAAUGAAGCAUGCCAGAAUCAAUGAAGUGCAACUGCAAGUGUAAGUGAGUGAUAAAACCAAAGCGACAACAACAAAAAAAUCAAGAGAAUAGUGUGAGAGCGAAAGAGUAAAAGUGAUUGAUCACACCGCAGAAGAAGAAGAAGAAGUGGAAAAGGUUGAAUGCAUGGCCAUUUCGGUGUUGAAUUGUUCAUUUUCUAAAUGCAUCUCGUCGUUGCAGAAAGUAAAAGUGAAACGAACGGCACACAUAAAAAAUCGACCAUAAUCAUAAUAAAAGGAUUAUCAUAUGCAAGACACCGCCGCGACAAAUAAUUAUCAACGAUACGGACAAAGAUAAAUUGUGAAGUAAAUUCACGCAAAACAUUUACACACACACACACACACACGAACACCACAUACAACACACAUCUACAGCAGCCCGGUGAGCGGGUGCAAAACACACACACACACAGCUAUUAAGAGAAUUUGUUGUUUGAUGAAACAAUUAUUUAAAAAUGAAUCGUAAUAUUCAAUCGCCGACCAAAUCGUUAUCGUCACCGUCUUGGACGUCGUUCGUUACCAGCAAUAAUAGUGGUUUUAAUGUGAUACCGGCAACAAAUAACAAUGGCAGCACACUAAACGCAUCGAUUAUCAAUAUGUCGGGUACACAACAGUCGCCUCUUCAACAGCAAUCAUUCACUGCCACCAUACACACAACAGGCGCCGCACAAAAUCAAAUUAACUCGAACAGAAUUACGAACGAUUCACAGUCGAAUCAAGUGCAAGCGCCGCCAUCUCUUAUACAACAAUAUUCAAAUGAUUCACAGUCAUCAAUCGAUCAGAAUAAUUCGUCGAUGCGAUCGAUCAAAGUGAAUGGUAAAAUGAGUUUUACAGCGGGAAACGGCAGCAUUGGCAUCAAUAAUGUAGCGGGCAAUGGCAAUAUUAAUUCGGAUAAAAUUUAUUUAGCAAAUAAUGUCGAUAGAAAAAGUGUGGGGCAUCCACAGCAACAGCAACAGCAACAGCAACAGCAGCAGCAACCGCACAUAGCAUCAAUAAAAGUGCUAUACGAAGAACUCACCAAAACUGUACCGUAUCAAAAUCGUGGCUCCGAUUUUAUCACAUAUUUGCUAAAUAGCAACAAAGCAAACAGUAAAACGCAGGCCAUUGCUUUGUUAAAUUCCCUCAUUGAAAAUGGAUACCUGUUGCCGAUGAAUGCAAAUGCAAUGGAUGAAAACAGUGACGGCGACCGGUUGAUCGAUUUCAAUGAAAAUUUCGUUUAUCGACUGUUAAAGACGAACGACAGCAUUUCAAAUAGUAAUAGUGCGUUCACCUUGAAUCUAGACGUCGAUAACAAUUCGUCCUAUUUGAAUCGACAGGAACCAAAUAUGAUGGGUCAAGAAGAUCUUUCGCCAUCGAGCAGUCUCAACGAUUACGGUAUGAAUGACUGUAGUGAUCCGAAACGGGCCAAAAAAGGACCGACGCCUCGGCAACAAGAAGAGUUAUGCUUAGUUUGUGGUGAUAGAGCUUCUGGUUAUCAUUAUAAUGCGCUUACAUGUGAGGGUUGUAAAGGAUUUUUCCGACGGAGUGUUACCAAAAAUGCGGUCUAUUGUUGUAAGUUCGGGCACGAGUGCGAAAUGGAUAUGUACAUGCGGCGUAAGUGUCAGGAAUGUCGGCUAAAAAAGUGCUUAGCGGUUGGUAUGCGACCCGAAUGUGUAGUGCCAGAAAAUCAAUGUGCAAUCAAACGCAAAGAGAAAAAAGCACAAAAGGAGAAAGACAAACAGCAAAUUCCACCAACAAUCAAUUCAUUUGAUGCAUAUAAAAAUGAAAUACCAACACUAAUGAAAUGUGACCCACCUCCAUACGCUGAAGCAACGCAACUCUUACCACAGAAACUGCUGGAUGAGAAUCGUGCACGAAACAUCCCAGCAUUAACACAGAAUCAAUUAGCAGUGAUUUACAAAUUGAUUUGGUAUCAAGAUGGCUACGAACAGCCAUCCGAGGAAGAUUUGAAACGAAUUAUGAUCCAAACUUCUCCGGAUGAAAAUGAGGAUCAAAACGAUGUGCAUUUUCGUCACAUCACCGAAAUCACCAUUCUUACAGUACAACUGAUUGUUGAGUUCGCUAAGGGUUUGCCCGCAUUUACGAAAAUUCCUCAAGAAGAUCAAAUUACACUGUUGAAGGCAUGUUCCAGUGAAGUGAUGAUGUUGCGAAUGGCUCGUCGAUAUGAUGCCGCCUCCGAUUCCAUAUUCUUUGCCAAUAAUCGUUCAUACACACGUGACUCAUAUCGAAUGGCCGGUAUGGCAGACACCAUUGAGGAUCUGUUACAUUUUUGCCGUCAGAUGUACUCGAUGCGUGUGGACAAUGUUGAAUACGCUCUACUUACCGCAAUCGUCAUAUUCUCCGAUCGGCCGGGUCUUGAGCAAGCCGAACUGGUGGAGGCAAUCCAAAGCUAUUACAUAGACACAUUACGAAUUUACAUUUUGAAUCGGCACGGCGGUGAUGUCAAGUGUAUGAUCGUUUUCGGUACAUUGCUGGCAAUUUUAACCGAACUUCGAACGCUGGGCAAUCAAAACUCCGAAAUGUGCUUCUCGUUGAAGCUAAAAAAUCGCAAACUGCCACGGUUUCUCGAAGAGAUCUGGGAUGUACAGGAUAUUCCACCACAGAUGGUCCAAAAUGCCACCUCAAAUGCCCAAAAUAACACUCAAUCAACGAUCGUCGUCACGACACCAUCGACGGUACCACAACUUCAGACACAAUCGCAGCAACAUUAGAACAGCACAACUCAGAAGGAGGAAUUAGAAAAGCAAAAAAAACAAAA